ACCAGUUUAAGUGGGAUCAGCUGUGCACGCGCAUCCCUCGAGAGGGAUCAGGACGAUGUUUUUGGUAAUAUUAACCGCUUUAGCAGCGGUAUGUGGGGCAGCGAAGCUCGACACGGGCUACCUGCCGCCAAUUUCAGCCAGGACCGCUGGAGGUAGCCUCGGCGAUUUGCUGGCUCCUUUAGAAGGAGCCAACCAAGUCGCUGAUGGACUUCCCACUGGCAGCUACACGAAUGACGUCCAAGGCGUGAUUGUAGAUGCAGCUAACCCUGGCAGUAGAACCUCAGGCCCUGAGCCUACUGGUCUAGGAGGACCCAGAGCUUCCUAUGGUUCAACAGACUCUAAAGUCGGAGAUGCCGCGUUCACUGGUUCUGUUACUGGAUCGGGAAGCUUUGGAGCUAACACUAGAAUAGCACCUGGCUUUGGAUCAUUUGUAGACACAGCUGGUUCUGAAGCUGACAAAAAGAGCGGUAGCAACUUAAAGUUCACCAGUGACGUAGGAUUGGAGAACUACAGCUAUGGCUACGAGACUGAUAAUGGAAUAUCUGUUGGAGAAAAUGGAGUUGCCUCAGGUGGUGUGCAAGCUCAGGGUGGUUAUUCCUACAAAGGGGACGAUGGCAAGACAUACAGUGUGACAUACACAGCUGAUAAAGAUGGCUACAAGCCACAAGGACAACACUUGCCAACACCACACCCAAUUCCUGAAGAGAUCUUGAAGUCUUUGGAGAAGAACGCUAAAGAGGAAGCUGCCGGCCAUGUAGAUGAUGGCUCGUACGAUGCGCAGAAAUACAAUGAUGAAGGCGAUUACUCAAGCAAUGGUGACAACAAUGGAAGGCCGACAGCAAGCGGCGGAGCCUCAACUGCUUCUAGUAGUGCGUACGCCAGUCAGUCUAGCCAAGCAACUAGACCAACAUCUGGAGUACUCAUUGGAUCUUACAAACCCGAAGCAGGUUUGAGUCAGUCUGCACGAGGAAGCGUAGCCCAAGGAUUCGGCCAAGUAUCUGGAAACAAGGACCAAAGUCAAAUUUCAGGACACAGCUCCUCUUUUGAAGCACAAUUUGGACAGUCUGGUUCUCCUAACCCUCAGGCUAGCCAUACUUUAGGAAGCUUUGGACCAGAUGGUGCAAUAAAGUCUCAAACUGAAUUUCAAAAUAGAUUUGGAAUAGGUCAACAGGGUGGUCAGCAAUUUUUAGGAUCAGGAUUCGGUUCUCCAUUAAGAAUACCCAAUUUUGACAACUCGCCUAACUCAGCCUUCAGUUCCGCGGUUGCUACGGGAUCAGGUAGUGCAAGUGCUUUCGCUUCUACCGGUAGUGUAGGAUCAGGACUUAAGAAUGAAUUCAAUGCUCCGUCAAACUCUUUCGGAUUAGCUGGCCAGCAAGCAUAUGGUUUACAAUCCGGAUCUCAGUCGUCUGCGGGUGAAUCGCUCUCUGUGCCAUCAACUGCUACUGCGUCAGCGUCUGUCUCAGGCUCUCUGACUCAACAGCAUACUUAUCCAUCAUCUGAACUCUCAGGCAAUUCCCCAUCAGCUCACGAGCACGGUCAGUCACCGUCGAGUGCAUCUGCUUCUGCUGUCGUAUCUGAAAGCGAAAGUGGACAAUUAAAUGGAGUUAACACAGGAUUGAAUUCAAAUACUUUCCCAAGUCGAUUUGGGGAAGGGCAACUAUCUGGAAAUUCCGCUUCAAGUGGUAAAUAUGAGUCAACUGGUAAACUAAACCUUAAUUCAAAACCCAAUGGUUUUGAUUCGUCAUCUGCUGCGUCUUCUGCACAAGGAGCAAAUUCUCAACCCUUAAGUUCGGUAGCUUCAGCUAGUGUUUCCGGAUCUUCCGCUUUCGGAGCAUCGACUCAACAAAGUGGUUUUGAAUCCCAAAAAACUCAACUAGGCAGCACUAAUUCUCAAUUCUCGGGUGUUAAACCUGUUAAACCUACUUUUGGUUUUGAAAGUAACCUAGGUUCAAAUCAAGCUUCUGCUUUCAACUCUUUUGGAUCCAGCAACGUUCCUGCUUCAUCGGCAGGUUCCUCACUAUCGACCCAAACUGGGUCAAUUGAUGCCACCUUUGCGUCUAGUACUCAGAAACCCUCUAUAACCCAACAACAGGGUGCAGAUGAUUCGUAUUACUACAACCAACCAUCGAAACUUUUUGUAAUCCCAAUCUCUAAUAACCGCCAGCCAAACAUCCCCGUGAGUUCUUCUUCCCUGCAGGGAUCAAAAUACCCCAGUACUCAGACUACGUCAACAACUGGACAAUAUCAAGGCUUUUCAUCAAACAACGGUAUCACUCAAGCUGCGGUAUCUCCUUUUGCGUCCGGUACUUCAUCAUCGUCUGCGCAAUUUGCAUCCCAGUCUAGUCAACUUGAUUCCAAACCAGCUCAAACAACACAGUUCGGUCAAUCAUCAUCUAGUCAACAAACUACACAAUUUGGAGUCACUGGAGCUCAAAUAAUCCAGAAACCUAUUGUUCAAAGUCAAGCACAGUUUUCCCAGUCGUCUACAAGUCAAACUACUGGCAGUGCUCAGGCACCAACACAGCAAUACCAAGGCACUGUUUACCAAUACAACAAACCAGAAGUGACCCUAUCUCCCCAGGGAAACAAAGAUAGCUUUUCUGCAUCUGCACAAGUUAAGCCAGUCCAGAUAUCGAGCGACAACAGGUUUGGAGCUCAACAAAGUACAUCACAAUUUGGUACUCAGUCUUCAUUCCAGCAGACUCAAACAAAUGUAGGUUCUAAUGUUGUAAGUUCCCAGAUUGGUCAAAAACCAAUAGUUAGCUCUCAAACUACCGGAUCAAAUUAUCAACAGACUCAGGUUAGUUCCGGAUCACAGUACAACCAAAAACCUCAGACAGUUCAAUCUAGCUUCACUUCAACCACAAACACACAAAAUCAGCAGUUUACUAAACCACAAUCUGUUGCUUUUGGAAACGCGUUCGCUCAAAACCAAAAUCAAUUCGGCAAGAAGCCUUCUGCUACCACACAAACAGGUUCUGCUUUCCAACAAUCGCAGUUUGGGUUAGCUAGCUCUCAAUUGGGUCAAAAGCCUCAAACUCAAGGUUCAAGCUUCUCUUCUACCCAAUACCAACAAACACAGUUCACAAAACCUCAAUCAACUGUAGGUUCUAGCGCCACUGCAAAUGCAUUCUCUCAAGGCCAGACUCAGUUUGGUAAAAAGCCCCUGUCAACCACACAAACAGGAUCCACUUUCCAACAAUCACAGUUUGGAUCUGCCGGUUCUCAAUUCAACCAAAAGCCUCAGAGCACUCAAGGUAGUGGUUUAGCAUCUACCUCCGGUCAGACAACAUUUGGUCAAAAACCUGUUGGCACUACUCAAAGUGGUUCUUACCAGCAAUCACAGUUUGGAUUAGCUAGCUCUCAGUUUGGUCAAAAGCCCCAAACUCAAGGGUCUAGUUUCACUUCCACUACAAACAGUCAAUACCAACAAACUCAGUUCACAAAGCCACAGACAUCUGCUGGUUCUAGCUUAACUGGUAACACAUUUACUCAAAGCCAGACUCAGUUUGGUAAGAAACCCUCUGGAACUACUUUUGGACAAAAACCUGUUGGUACCGCACAAACGGGAUCUUCAUUCCAACAGUCUCAGUUUGGAUCUACUGUAUCUCAAGUCAAGCCUCAGACAACUCAAGGUAGUGGUUUAGCAUCUACCUCGGGUCAGACAACAUUUGGUCAAAAACCAGUGGGCACUUCACAAACUGGUUCUUACCAGCAAUCACAGUUUGGAUUAGCUAGCUCUCAGUUUGGUCAAAAACCCCAAACUCAAGGGUCUAGUUUUACUUCAACUACGAACACACAAUACCAACAAACACAGUUCACAAAGCCCCAAUCAACUGUAGGUUCAACUGCAACUGCUAACGCGUUUUCUCAAAGCCAGUCUCAGUUUGGUAAGAAACCCUCUGGAACUACUUUUGGACAGAAACCUGUUGGUACCACACAAACAGGAUCUUCCUUCCAACAGUCGCAAUUUGGAUCUACCGUCUCUCAAGUCAAGCCUCAAGUAACUCAAGGUUUAGCUUCGACUUCGGGUCAAGCGACAUUUGAUCAAAAACCCGUUGGUUCUACGCAAACUGGUUCUUCUUACCAACAGUCGCAGUUUGGGUCAACUAGCUCUCAGUUUGGUCUAAAGCCGCAAACUCAAGGUUCUAGUUUUACAUCCAAUAAAUACUCUCAAGGCAGCACAUUCCAAAACAAGCCUGUUGUAAGCACUCAAACAAGCACAACAUCACAGCAGACGCAAUUUGGUUCAACUACGUCCCAAUUCGGUCAAAAUGCUCAGACAGUCCAAGGUUUUGGUUCAACUACAGUUAAACCAUCAUAUGUACAAAAACCGUUCGCUUCCUCAUUCCAACAAAACCAAGUAGGAUCAACUGGCUCUCAAUACGGUCAAAAUUCUCAAUCCACCCAAGGUUCAAGUUUGACAUCCGUUAAUUCUCAAACGUCAUAUGGUAAGAAACCUGUUUCAUCACAAACACAGUUUGGUGUAGGUAGUUCCCAGUUUACUCAGGCUCAAUCUACUCAAUUUGGAAAAAAACCCAGCACCACACAAACUGGAUCAGCAUUCCAGCAAACUCAGUCAGGGUCUGUUAGCUCACAAUUUGGUCAAAAGCCACUGAAUACUCAAUUUGGAUCAACUUCCUCACAGUUCGGUCUGAAUUCUCAAACAUCUCAAGCCGGUGUUGUGUCAACUGCCUCUCAAACAUCGUUCGGCUCUAAACCAGUGAAUCAACAGAACCAAUUCGGAUCAGUAAGUUCUCAAUUUUCUCAGACAUCCCAAUACGGUAAGAAACCGACACAAACAUUCCAACAGACUCAAAGUUCACAAUCUAAUCAAGGUUUCGGCGUAUCUUCGACUACAGCCAAACCCUCAAUUGGCAAUGGACCUUCCAUAAGCUCUCAAUUUGGUCAGAAGCCGCUUACUUCUCAAUCCGGAUUAACUACCCAGUUUGGUCAGAAUUCUCAAUCAUCGCAAGGCUCAAGUUUGACUUCGACUGCGUCUCAAACGUCUUUUGGUUCAAAACCUGUAAACCAGCAGACUCAAUUUGGAUCAACUGGAUCUCAGUUCUCCCAAAGCUUCCAAACUUCCCAGUUUGGUAAAAAGCCAAUAAGUGCCAGUAGUACCACUAGUCAAACUGGAUCCAUAUCCCAACAGUCUAGCACUCAGUUUGGACAGAAACCACAAACAACUCAAGGUUCCGGCUUUAACUCAAACACUUUCUCCCAAAGCCAAACUACGCAGUUUGUUAACAAACCUGCACAAAUUGGUUCGACAUUCCAGCAGUCACAAUUAGCUGGCUCUCAAUUCAAUCAAAAGCCUCAAACAAGUACUGAAUCAACCUCGACUUUCAGUCAAUCUUCAUUUACUCAAGAGCCUUCCAGCACUGUGCAGACUAGUUCUUUUAACCAACAAUCACAAACAUCAUCCGGUAGCUUACAAUCCAGUCAAAAACCAGUGACAUCUUCCCAAGGAUUGGGACAAGCUGUGCAGACCUCACAGUCAGGCCCGACUAGUUUUGGUCAGAACACUCAAUUCAGUAGUUCACAAUAUGGACAGAAACCACAGUUGAGUGCUGGUGCAGCUUCUCAAACCCAAUUAGGACAAACUACCCAAUCUGGUAACAAAAUUUCUGGAUCUUCAUCAACAACGGGGUCCGGCUUCCAAUCUCAGUUCUCGAGUUCUUCUGGAUCACAGCUUGGUCAGUCUAUUCAAGGUAGUUCUCAAGGUCAAGUUAUUCAGUCUACUCAAUACGGAAUAAAGCCUGUAGGUAGUGCUCAAAGCUCUCAAGCAUCAGCGCAGUUUGGUUCAACAUCAUCACAGUUUGGCCAGGCAUCACAACUAUCUCAAGGUAACGUACCUGCCUUAACAACCGUUUCUCAAAGUGUUAAGCCACAGAACAUUGGUUCAGGUUUCCAGACCAUUAGUACGACAGCUACCCCGGUCCGUUUUGGUUCCACCCCAACACACUUUGGACAAAAGCCACAGGCUCAAGCAAGUGCAUUCGCGUCUAGCUCAGGCUCUAAAAAUGUAGCGUCAUUUGGCAAUACGCAAACAGGCCAAGUCUCUCAGUUUGGGGCACAAAACCAAGCUGUUUCGACUACCCAAAAACCAUUAGUAAGUUCCCUUUCUCAAAAUAACUACCAACAGUCGCAAUAUACACAAACUUCGGAAAAGGUAAAUAGUCAGUCUCAAUUUGGUCAGGGCACACAAUCUAAUGUAGGCACAGGACAGUUCGGUGUUCAGAGCUCAUUUGGUUUAGCGUCUCAAAAACCUAUUGGGUUCCAAUCAACACAAUCUAGUUUCCAACAAACCCAGUUUAACCAGCCCCAAAAACCUGUUCCUAGCUCUCAGGGAUCUGCUUUCCAGGCCGGACAAUUAGUCGGAACCCAAUCAACUCAAAGUAGCGUUCAAAGCUCAAGUGUAACCGCUGGUCAAGGUUCCCAAAGCUUAGUGGGUAGUGGCUACAACUAUCAACAACCACAAUCUGUGUUCACCACCCAAUUUGGAUCCCAAGGUAAUGCUCAGGGCCAAAAAGUGCAGCAAGGUCAGUCAAACUUUAACUCAGUAGUGUCCACAGCACAAACACCUAUCAACAGCGGGCCUCUUAACUCCUUUGGCAUCUCUUCAACUCAGGGUAGUUUCCAACAGACCCAGGGCUCAACACAAUUUGGUGCUCAGUCUACCAAACCUGUAGUCAAUGGUCCAGUUCUGUCGCCUUUCAACAAUGCUCAAUCUUUCAAGCCAGCCAGCACUGCGUCGGCACAGGGAUCAAGUUCCCAGAGUCAGUCUUCAGCGGUCAUUACUUCUCAAUUCGGAAUUCGACCGAAUCAGCCAAGUGGCUUAGCACAGUUUAAUGGACAGCAGUUCCAGUCUUCGUUCAAUUCUGGAAGCCAAUCGGUUGUAGGAUCUACGCCUGAAUACACUAUUCAGCAAGCUCCUGGUAUUUUCAUAGGUACUCAGCAGCCCGUUGCUUCCAGCUCAGCUCAAGCCAGCUUACCUUCUAGUGUAGGAGCUAAUCUUAACGGUCAAUCAGAAAGUUUUGCCGUUUCGACUGUUCAAACGCCUGUAUCUAUCCAAGGGUACGAAAUACUUAGCAACCAAGGAUUUGUAGGUCACUCAGAAGAGUUCGGAGGUCCAAGAGAUCCUCCUAGGUUCGAUGAUAAAACUGGAUAUCAUUAUUAAACAGUGCCAUAUAGACUGGAUAUUAUGUAACGUUUGAAAACAAUUCAAUGUAAAUACGAACUGAUAAAUACUGAAAAAAAUAUAAUAAGAUAAAUACUUCUAUUAAAAUGAUAUAAUAAUUAUGUUUCUUUUCUGUAACAUAGUAAAUGAUUCAGUUUUUAACAGUUCAUAAAUUAGUUUUUAAAUAAUAUAAUAUUUUGUUUACAAUGUAGAGAACACCAAGAAAUGAAUUAAGAAUUCAAAAUAAAUGUUAUAAAUAAAUUAUUAAAAUGUAAAUAAUAAAA